AUGGUCGGACGACGACGACGUAGAACGUCCGAUUCGACAACGGGCACUCUCGACUACGAUGGCCGAGCCUUCGCCAAGGAGCUGAGCGUACUCAAGGUACAUGAACCCGAACUAGACUCUCGUGAGGAAACCGAGAUGCUGCAGACCUUCGUUCUGGAAGACGCCACAAUUUGCGACAAGACAGGCCGCCUCGUCGAGCUGUUUACUGUCAAUACCCAAGGCCCAUUUACCGUUCGUGGUCGGGUGAUUAUCGACGACACACAGAAGUCAAGAGCCGUCAAACCCUCUACGAAAACAGCCCUGAUCGAAACCCGCGAUUGCACUCGCUACGCCAUCGGUGUUAGCAACAACGGCUACGGCGCCUGGGCUGGGGGCCAAGCAGGCUGGUACGAGAUAAGGCCUCCGUCAGCAGCCUACAAGGAAAUCUUUGACCAUACGAUUGAGGGUGUCUCAAUAUACUACACUAUCCUGGGAAUCAUCGAAGAGCACGUUGAGGCCCAGGAGGCGAAGCAAGGAAAGAAGAGAUCAAAGAAGGCAAAGAGAAUGGCCGCUCACGACCAACUAAGCAUUCAAACGCUGCUUUUCAAGUAUGCUGUCGCUAUGGGAGAUGGCGCUACUUACGAUGAGGUGGUUGAGCGCUGUGACGACCACGCACACUUUCUCUUGUCUCACUUUUAUGAAGACGCCGAGAUCGACUGGUCUCCAACAGUGUUCUUCAAGUGGAUGACCAAUAGACACCCAGACAUCCACGCAAAAGUACUAGAACUGAGGAAGAAGAAGUUGGGAGGUGCCAAACCCAAUUCCCUGUUGCCUGAAGAGACCGAGGCCGUGGCCCUGCCAGUCGCUUCCGAUGAGCCUCCUGCGCAGAAAGCCCUUUCAAAACGGAGACAGAGGAACACGUCAGAAAGCAACGGUAGCACUCCAUGGAUCGACUCACACGACUUUGCUACCUCACAACGAGACACAAGAUCGAGAUCGAGAGGAAAGACGAAGACACAGUCGCGAAGCCCUCCUCCUGUUGUCGAGCCACAAGUGGAAACAAUGGACGUGGACGACAUUCCAGAGGACCCACCCCAGACGGAGCUUGUUGAAGUGGCUCACGACCGCUCCAACGUAGAAGCCCUCAUUGAAGGUAUCGACGAAAUCAAGUCAGAACUUGGCCCGUUGAACGCAGUAGCAUUCCCGAAAGUUUCGUCCAAGCUUUACUACAAGUAUAAGAUUAAGGUCUACUUGGGAGCAUCCGACAUUCUCAAAUACUACGCAAAGGAGCUGACCGAACGCCUGAACGAGCACGAGUGGGCUGGUUCUGGGUUCUGGAGCACACUCAAGGAGGCUGCGCAGGGCCCUCGUAUCACCCUUGAGCACGUCAAACUUGAACAGAUCCCCGACAGUCUCGUCCGACGUAAGGCCACAGCAACCACAGUGCCGAGAAACCGUAGUCAGGCACUCAGUGGCCAAGGCGAGGCUCAGAAAGCCGCAGCCGUUGCAACUCCCCCACCUAGACGGGUUGGCCGCCCAGCAGGAAAGAUGUCGGGUCUUCGCCUGGCUGGUACCGGUGGUAAGCGACGCUUCGACCCGGAUGAGACCCCCGAGUCUGUCUCACGAAAAGCGGCGAAGAGAUCGCAUGACUACGACUCCGAUGAAGACGAGGCCAUGGAUGACGCUAGCAGCUCUGAAGAUGACGAUUCCUCUGUCGACUCCGCAGGCUUGCCCGCAGCUUUCAAGGCAGUCGUCCGAGCUGAGAACAUCCCGACUACCAUUCCAAAGGGGCCCAAUGGCACCUGGGUUUGUGAUGAGGACGACUGCGACUUUGUCGAGCGCAAUCCCGAAUCCGAGGACGGCCGUGAGAGAAUUCACGAACACAUGCAGGACGUUCACUAUCAGGAGAACGAGAACCAGGUUGAGCGCAUCAGCCUCGCAGUAACUGAAGGUGGCAAGAACCGCCUCCCCAUAGAGUAUUCCUCCCCGCCCCCAUCUCCUGAUUUCAGAUAUACGCGUCUUUUAGAUGUUCAGGGUGAAGUCUCCCCUUUCUGGGAGUUGGAUUCUAGUGGAUCAACUCCCAGCGGGACUACACUUUCGUCUCAGGUCAUCUCCGACGCUGCUUUAGAGUACAAGAAGGAAAUUCUGCCCGGCACAUUGAGCUCCGUCACCCGCAGUCUUGAUCAACGCUCUUGA